CACAAACCCUGAACAAGAUCUUUCUUGACCAUCCACAACAUGCCUAAUCCCAUGACGAAGUCGGAUAGCUCUAGAAUUCAGUCCACCCAGGCUAGAAGCGGGGGUAACAUGAGCUCGGGCGGAUUCGCAGCUCGAGCUCAGGGUGCUGCCGAUCGUCAUGCCAGCGCUGCCAGCGCCCAGACUGGCGCAACCCAUGCCUCUUCGACCUCAACCCAUUCAGGAGCCACUGGCUCCGGUGGCUCUCAGCAGCCGGGUGCCACAAAGAGAUAAAAGGGGUGUAGCAUCGAUGGAAAUCAUGAAAUUUGAACUGCCGUGCAUUGUGCUGGCCUGAUACUAUUGGUUACGUGCUUGUUUGUCUUCCAGGGCUGACGUUGCUAUCGGUGUAUUUUGAGAUUGUGG